UUUAGAUCGAUAUCAGCUAGGAAGAACAGUUGAACAGACAGUUGCAAUCGUAGCGCUGCUUGAAGAACUCUCUCUCUCUCCUCCAUUCCGACACGAUUCAUGGGCUGCAACUGGUCCAAGACGCGGGACAGCGAAACGCUGCCCAAUCCGCUGCAGCAGCUGCAGGCGGCCGAGGCGCCGCAACGACUGCAGCAGCGCCGCCGCCAGGAGGAGAAGCGUCAGAAGCAGCUGGCCAAGCUGCAGAAGCGCAAUGCGCGCAAGCGUCGCCAUCAGUCCAAGGCAAAGGCCAAGUCAACGGCAACGGCAAAUGGCAACAGUUUGCGGCGGAGUCGGCGUGGCAGCAACAGCAACAGCGGCGGCAGCAGCAUUCGGGGCAGCCACAAUUUGGCGCCGCAGCUGCGUCUGCUUGGGGGCAGCAACGGCAGCACCGCCACGGAGUGCGUCAGCGCUCUCUAUGCGCGGACGCUGGAGCAGCAGCGCGAGGAGCACCAGCGCAUCAUCGAGCAGAAGACGCAGUAUCAGCUGGAGCGCCAGCUGCACACCUUUGUGCUGAACCAGCUGCUGCUCUGCAUCCAGUUCUUUGGCCACUUCGAGCACGAGCUGGCCGCCGUCGAUGAGCAGCUGCUGGCCAAGCAGCGCGCCUGCGCCCAGACCCUCACCGAGCACAGCCUGCUGCAUGCCAGCGCCAUCGAUGCGGCCGUGGCCAAGCGGCUGCUCUUCAAGCCCAUAGAUGGCCCAUACAGGCAGCUGGCUGGUAGCGGCAAGGCUCAAGUCAAGGCGCAGCCGUUGCAAAGGACCCUGACCUACGUGGUGUUCGAGAAUGUGGACGUUGCGCGACCAAAUGAUGCCAACUACGACUCGAUAGCUGCGCUGUGCAAAGUGCUGCUGGAGACGGACUACUACAACACAACGCCCUGCCGGUCGCAGUACGUGCAGCAGCUGGAGCAGAGCCGCUGGCUGGGCUAUGUGCGGCUGAAGCUGCGGGAGCCGAUGCCAAUGCAGCGCCGCUUGAGCAGCAGCCCGAGCAGUCCUAGCAGCGAUGAGGGCGACAUUGACAUCGAGGCGGUUUACACAGAUGGCAGCUCCGGCUACAGCACGGCCGCCGGAACGGGCACCGGGUUGGGCUCGAGGACGGGAUCGAGAAUGGGCUCCAGGGCGGGCUCAAGCGCGGGUCGCGGCAGCUGGUGCGAGGGCGACUAUGACCAUGUGUAUAUAGCGCGCCUGAAUACGCAGCGUUCCAUGGAUGAGCUGAAGCUGAUGUGUGAGCCACUGCAGCGGAACGUGCUGCCAGAGUCCUGCAUACGCCGGCUCGCCAGCUGUCUGCCUGCGUGGCUGGAGCAGAGCGACGAUGAGGACGACGACGACGACGACGCAGACGAAGAGGAGAGCAAUGGAAGUGCCAGCGAAGGGGUGGAGACUCCGGAGCAGAGCUGCCGCUCCGGCUACGAGACGGUGCAAGUGCUCCGCCAGUGCAGAAUGGAACAGCAGCGACGUCGCGAUCUCCUCCAGCAAUGCUAUCUGAGCUCCCAGCAGUUCAUGAACUAUUUUGGCGAGCUGUUGCGCCAGCAACUGGCGCAGGAGCUGGGCAUCAGCCAGGCGCAGCUGUCGGCGAGCAGCUACCGGGGCUGCAGCAUCUACACCGCCACCGAGGAGCUGGUCCCAGCGAUUCAUGUGCCGCACAGCUGGCCGGACUGCGCCUUCGAGUUCAACCUGCGCGCCCGCCCCCAGCUGACCAAUCUGCAUACGGGCGACCGUUUCCAGUGGCCAACGCCGGUGAUGCGGAAGCGCAUCCAGUCCUUUGGGUUCCAUGUGGUGCCCGUGGGCUAUACGCCGAAGCGGGCGCGCAAUCCCUUCCGCGAGCUGGAAUGGCGCAUUGUCUUCCCCCAGGCGGAGCAGUUCCUGGAGCGGCAGCUGACGCGCAUGCAGCUGAAGGUGCUGCUGCUCAUGAAGGUGCUGGUGCGCACCUUCGUCAACGAGAAGUGCCAGGCGAUGGGCCACAUCAUGGAGCAGCUGCGCACGCAUCUCUUUUGGCAGUGCGAGCGCCACAGCAACGAGUGGCCCGAGGAGUUUCUCGGCGAGAAGCUGGUGCGCUUCGUGCGCACCUUCGCCGACUGCCUGGCCAAGAAGCAGCUGAGCGACUAUUUCAUCCAGCGACGCAACCUGUUCGAGCACGUGCCCGAGGAUGCGCUGAUGGAGCUGCGCACCAUCAUGGCGGGCAUUGCCGAGCAGCCGCUGAUGCAUGUGCUCCAGGCGUUGCGCAAUCUCCAGCAUGCCGACAAUUUCUAUCCCAAGCUCAACUAUGAGCGCCUGCUCGAGAAUCUAGUGACGCACGACUAUGUGCAGCUGCGCAGCUGGGCGAAGUUUUCGAGGAAUCCCCUACCCAUCGUUGAGCAGCCAAUGGAGGAGGAGCAGCAGCAGCAGCAGCAGCAGCAGCAGCAGCAGCAGCAGCAGCAGCAGCAGCAGGAGCAGGAGCUCCAUGAUGCCCAGGGCUUGCUGGGACUGCAUCAGCAUCAGGAGCGAACGCGCGGCAAGCUGCGCCGCAAGACCCAAAUGCUGCGCGCCCAGCAGCUGAAGAUGGCCGCGGAGCAGCGACGCAGCUCCGUUGAGUCCAUCACGCUGGAUCUGCCGCUGCUCCUGCCGCGAGUCUCGCAGGCAUCGCACACAUCCAGCAGCGCAUCGACAGCCGGCCCAGGGACAGCAGCGCCGCAGCUGAAUGACGGCAUCGAAAUCUUGCGCUGCACCAAUCUGCUGGAGCUGCUGCUCGACCAUAUGCUGGCCAUGCUGGCCAAGGCAACGGAGUUCCGGAAUGCACAGCAUGCCCAGCUCUACCUGGAGCAGGCGCAGCGCCUGUGCCGGCUCUACCAGCAGCUGGGCUGCUCCCAAUACGCCCAUCACUAUACGGACGCACUGUGCCAGGCGGCCAGCAACAUGGAGCGGGCCAUGAUGCAUAGCAAUCAGAGCACUCCUCGAGUCAGUGGCAGCUCCAGCCCGAUGCGCCGCAAGUCGCUCAAGUUUGUGGAGCAUGUGGUGCAGUUGCACACGGGCGAGGUGACGCCACUGCAGCCGCCCACGCCGCCAGCCGCACGACGUGCGCCCCAGCCCCCGCCCCCCGCUGAGCAGGAGGACGCCAUCAUUGUGGAGGCAGAGGCAGCACCGUCACAGCCACAGCCACAGUCACAUCCAGAGUCAGCCAAGGAGAACAAUGUGCUGCUUGGUUCGCUGUUCCAGCGACUUCAGCUAGAUCCCGACGCACUGCAAGCCCUAAGCGCCAAGACGGCGCAGCUAAUGCAAACACUGGCGCCAGAAUCGAAGCGCGACGAGUUCCGCGAUCUGCUCAAACGCAACACACAAAGGGUGAAGAGCGCCUUCAAUUAGCAAAUAGCCAUAAAUUCGCUCAGACAAUCAGUCAACAACAGAAUCGAUGCGAUGGCCUUCAGGCAUGGCCGAUUAGCUGCUGCCUCGAUAACGGUCCGCGGCAUAUCUCCUGUUUAACCGUCUACACAUGUAUUAAAUUAUCUA